UCUUUCAAGUUAACGAGAAAUUUGAGAUUGAUACGUUGCUCCUGUUUUUCGGUAGAGAAAAAACACGUUCGUUUCAAUCCGCUACUGCACAAAUAUUAUAAUAGUGACGGAAACGUAUUUUGAGACGUGAGAAACAAACUACUCGUUUUUUACCCCACCCGUAUAAGGCGCCCUCUAGGCGCGCAGUUUCGUUAUUUAAUAGCCAGACCUCGUAUGAAAAACUAUCUCAAAAGUAUCAUAAAAUCUUGAGUCUUAAAAUAUUUGUGUCACAACAAUCUUGUUUCAUAUAGACUAUCGGUGAAAAGUUUUUGCCCACCCUAUAGUUUGUGUGAUUUACAACAAAUAAAACAAAACGAUCGAUUUUGUUAAUAAUGUAAAUAUAUAGACUGAUAGGUAUGCAUAAAAUAAAAUAAAAUCGAGUUAAAUACUGCACAAAAACACAUUUAUAAAAUAAUACAAAUAAAAAGAUUUAUUACUUUAUAAACAGCAGUAUGUAAACAUUAAUAAAAGUAAUAAUGAAGAAACGAUAAAUAAAAAAAAUUAUAACUGGAGAGGGGAAAAAAUUCUGAUUCUUCAUGCUAUUGUUAUGUACAGUUUCGCCAUCUAGUGUCAUAUACAGAAGCUAAAAAUUACGAUACGAACGAAUCAGUCCGGAUUUUAGAUAGUCGGCGUUUUAGAAGUCCUGACUUAGGAUGUUCAACUGUAUUAUUUUGGUGCACAAGUUUGAAAUUAUCUGUAACAAUUUCCACAAACAAUCGUCGUCUAUUUGGUACUAUUCCUUUUACAGAAUAUUGAAGGGGAAGUAGGAUAUUCGUUUCUGACUUUCCUGUCCAAUUUGUCCCACAAUAACUCAAUCGUAUUGAGGUCGGGUAACUGUGACGGGCAAAUAAUUACUUUCAUUGCAUUGUUCUUUUCCAAUUCUAUCAAAUACGCUUUAAAUAGCUUCGAAAAUGCUUGGGAUCGUUGUCAUGAAGGAAGAUGAACUUUCUGCCGAUCAGACGCUGGUCACAACGUACUACAUAUUCCUUCAAUAUUUUUAUAGACAUCUUGUUUUAAUAUCCCUUCAAUUCUUACCAGGUCUUCAAUCGCCCUUCCUCCAAAAGAUCUUUUUGUUCUGCAACCUCUUAAUUUUAUUUUGACGACUUCUUUCACUGUAGAGGCACUCAAAGGCAACACCUUAGACUCAUUGAUCUGAACUACUACCUCUGGAUCAUUGAUUCGUCGAUUUCGUUUACUGAUCAAUACAAUAAGUUUACCUUCAGCGGUUGUGGUUUUACCUUAAGGUUUUCUAUCGCCAAAGCUCCUGGUGGAUGCAUAUUUUUUCAAGUGGUAGUUGUAAGUCGAGGUAUUUUUUAUUCGGCGACAAUGGUAAGGUUACUUUUACCUAGCCUAUCAACACUUGCGAUUAAAGCAGGACACUUUUACCCGUUUUAAAGUGUCUGAAUUUGCGAGAACGAAACCAAUUCGUAUACGAAUAUAUCUCUGUGCAAAAAGUAUAAACGCACGUUCUUGCGUUUUACUGGGCUAAGUUGGAAUAAACUACAAUUAUAAACACCAACACACUGUUUACAUUACCUCUAACACCAACCAUCACAAUUACACUGUCUGAUGCGCGUUUCGAAAACCAAUUAUCGUCUUUAGAGACUGAACUGUAAACUCAGUUUACAGUUCAGUCUCUGAGGACGAUAACUUGGUUAUCGAAACGUGCGUCGGACAGUGAGUGUUGGUAUAGGGGUAAUGUAAACAGUGUGUUCAGUAUGAAUAUCAGCAACGGUUCUAAAAGUUUCAACACCGAAUAAACACCGUAGGAAUAAUUGACAGUUAAAGAAUAAUAACAAAUCAGACAGUACUUGCAAGUUUUGACUUGUCGCACUCACCCACAAAAUGCGCUCGUAUAAAGUAAAUAAAUAACGGACACUAUUAUUUUUGGUUUCGAUCUUCAAUAUGAAAGAGAAAGUGUAUUAUUUUGAAAUUUAAUGAAUGGGUUAUGUAGUGAGCAAAAACUUUUAGCCGGUAGUGUACUUCUAAUGACAUAUAUAUUAUAAAAUUGUAGAGAUUGAAAUUUAAAUAUAAAAUCUCAUUUUCGGUGCUGUUAAUUAAAAGUUACUGUCAAAAAAAUAGUUUAUUAAGAUUGUAAAACGACAUUAUUAACAAUUAAAAUUAGUGUACAAUAUUGAUUAUUGAUCGGUUUUAUAUACAGGGUGGAGUAUUUUAUUUGAAAUAUACAUUUCGCAAAUUCAUUUCUUAAAAAGAACAUCAUCCAGGUGUGCACUGCAAACAUCCCUCGAAUCUAGAUCUCAAAUUGGUAUAAACUCGCUGGCACAUUGCGCGAGGAAUAGCUGCUAUUUCUUCUCGGAUGUUGGUCUUCAAUUGAUUAAGCAUGGCUGUGUUAUUAGAGUAGACUCUACUUUUCAGGUAUCCCCACAUCAAAAAAUCCGGUGCUGUUAGGUCCGGACUUCUAGGCGGCCAUGCAAUGUCACUUCGGCGAGAUAUCAGUUUCCCAACAAACAUCUAGUUUAUGACCGCCAAAGAGGCAUUAGAAGUAUGAAAUAUCUUGUUGAAACCAUGUCGUAAGAUUAUAGGUUUCAAAUUGUUGCAGUUGCGAAAAGAAAAAAUCCCUUAACAUGGCUAUGUAUCGUUCAGAAUUUACAGUGACAGAUUGCCCCUGUUGUGUUUGAAAGAAAUAGGGUCCGAUAAUUUCGUGCGUUAGUAUGGCCGUACAAACGGUUACUGCAGCACAGUAACGGCAAUUCUGUCUAUUGACUUCGUCGGAGAACAAAAUAUUGUUGAAACUAUGAAAGCGUUCCAACCUUAUUCCAACAAAAGCUCGUCUUAAAAUUAAAUCAUUUUGCUGUAGUUUCUGCACAAGUUGAAUUUUAUACGGGUAUAAUUCCAGAUCUCUCGACAAAAUGUGUUGCAAAGAUGUUCUAGAUACCACAAGUUCGGCUGAUCGCUUGCGAGUCGAUAGACCAGGAUUACGUUGAACUGAAGCUCUUCUUUUCUUGUUGAUGUUCGGUGUCCCGUAGGCUUCUGAUUGAGAGUCGAACCAGUAGUUUUGAUCUUUCUGACCCAGGAUCGAAUCCUUGGAAACUGAUUUAUGUCAUGUAAUCCGAACAAUAGCGCAUGCGAGUGCAUGAUGAUAAGAAAACCUCAUUUAGAAAAACUCAUCACUUGUAAAACGGUUCGUUGCGUCAACAGAAUAUACAGUAUGUUUCAUCAAAAAUUCGAAACAUGUUAAUUGUUGUAUCUCGAGCCUAAAAUAAUAAGAUUUAACCUAAAUAAUUUAGAGGGAAGGGAUUACUGUGUGUGCUUAUUAGACGAAUACACUGAGAUAGAUGGCGAUCUCAAAGAUCUAUUGUGCUCAUCCCUUUCUUAAAGUCUUCAGGUCUUCGUACAGUUCCAAAGUAGUGAUGAAUACUGUUAUUGUGAGUCUUGGGGAGGUUAGUUCUUCACUUUCAAUGCAUUCAGCUAUUGUGUGUUCCCUUAUUUCACCAUAUUCCUCACAAAACUAUCAUCACCUAUAGUUCUGCCUUUUUCAAAUGUUUGUUUAGGGUAGUUUUUGAAGUGGGUUAUCAUUUUUUACUGUUGCUGUUGAUUUCCCGAAAUUAGUAUGUAUAUGAAAAUGAAACAACCCGCUCAAUCCUUAUGGAAAUUCGGCAACGGCCAAUUUUCCUGAAACUUGACCCAAUGAUAGUUUGAGGAAAGCUGAUUAAAAGUCUCACUGGGUUGUCAUUGGUGUAGAUAAGUAACUCCAUAUACAUUCAUUAAUCAAUUAAGUCAAGCUCAAGCUCCUGGUCAUUCAAGGCAAUGUUGAAGAGACCCGGCUACUUACAACAAGGUAUAGAAAUCCAGUCAAUUAAAGCAAGAUUAAAUAGUCCUGGCCACUAAAGGGAAGUCUAACCUUUCUUAAGCAUUCGCAUGUAAUUAAGAUGGAUUGUAGAUAGUAGAAAGUCAUUUUGGCUUUACAGCCAUUCUGCACCUAUACCUAGAUUAUAUUUUGUACAAGACUCUACAUAUUAUUGUUCUACUUCUAAAAUACAUAGACUACUUCCAAAGAAGGCUAUUUUUUAGGGUUCUUGUGUCCCUUUCAUCUUUGAAAUCUACCUCUUCAGUUUCUGCUGCAUAAGCUAUCCACAUCUGAUGUUUAAUCCUACUCGAAAAUCUUGAUUAGAGACUGUUUGGUAUCAAUCCAGGUUCAAAUUGAUAACCGUCUUCUCCAUUUCUUGUAAUCUUGACUUGAACGUAUGCUGCAGCCAAUCCUCAUUGAAUCACGCCAACUGUAAGGUUAUCUAAGAUUUUUAAUGUGAGGUGAGGAAAAUUUGGAAUUGCAUCUUGAUCUAUCAUUGUGUCAAGCUUCAGAACAACUGAACUCAACCAGUUGACUUCUUCCCAGGGUACCUUUGGACACUUCAGGGGUAGUUUCCAUGGGUUUAGGGGGUUUCAUGAUUAUUGAGACUUUAAUCAGCUUGCUUAAAUCUACCAUUGGAGUCAGUUUAAGGAAAAUUGGCUGAAAUCCAAUUUCCAUAAGGAUUGAGCGGAGUCUUUUGUCAAAAAUUAUUUAUUUGGUUCAUUUUGAUUAUGGAAACUAGAAGAAAAAUACCUAGCUAGAGAAGUAAGACUAACGGUGAUAUAUUUAAAAAUAUAUCAAUUUUGUAUUACAAAUAAAAAUUAUAAAAAAUAAUAUCCCCUAUAUUCGUUUUAUACAUUUUUCUUUAAUCACAACACUUAUUAAGGUAUUAAGAACUCUAUUACAUCCGCCAAAGGGAAAAAUUGAAAAUUACAUCAUGUUUUAAGUUUUCAAAUAAAUCAAUUAAAUUUACAGUAGGGGAAGUAUGGAAAAAAUGACAUGUAAUUAUAUUUAUUUAUUUGAUGGUACUAUCAUCAAUUAUCAUCGUGUUUUUCGUCAUCUUAUUCCGGAUUUCCACCUAGCGGACGAACUGUACAUUUGAACAGAAAUUUCGAACAGUUUUGUUUUGAAAGUGUUUCAACACUGUUGGGUUCACAACGGACUGUGUGUUUACAUCAGUCACGAACAGAAAUCAAUAAAAACUGUUCAUCUAAUUCCGCCAUCAAAUGUGACACAAAGUCACUUCACAUUUCUCAUAAUCUUCAUAUAAUAUAUAAUUUGAGGAGGUUAACAAGAUUGACACCAGCAAUAUUUCCAGCAGUGACCACAAAUUCGCGAAUAACGUGUAUUUUGCUUUCUGGAAUUGUAAUUUUGAAAAAGAUGCCUUCAUCAUAUACGUUUUCUUCUGGUAGGAACGUCAGUUCAGCCUUCCUGCAGGCUCCCGUAAUCCGUGAUAACAAAAGGAAACAAGUGACACAUUGUAACCAACAUUCGCCGAUCUUAGAACAAGAAAAGAGGUCAUUGCAAUAAAUGCAAGCGCAAUUACUAUCGUCGCCUUCUGUUUCGCAUAAGAAAUCUUCACUUCCUGAACUAUCAUAUCAUCAAGCAGGAAUAUUCCACCUGUCUCUUCUUUUCUACUGGUGGAUCCUUUGGUCUAUGUUCAGCAAUAGUUUCUUAAAUAUUUGGAGUAGAAGUUAAAAGCGAAUCGUUUUUGUCAGGUGUCAAUUUUCUUUUUCCUUGGCCAUGAAUGAGCUACCCCUGUGAUGUAGGCUAAAUCAUCAUAAUGCUGCUCCAACUAACUCAACUGUAUUAGACACCUCUACACAUAUUUCAAAAUCAAGUUCAUCACAUCAGAAACAAACUCUAAUGUAAGCAUUGGUGGUGGCUUGCGUUGUGUUUUGUCAUUUCUUGCUGAUGGAUUUAAAAUAGAUAAAACAUCGUUACUCGGAUCUUCUUGGAUUGAAGAGGUGUUGAUACCUUCGCUUGAUGGCAAAUGUGAACUGGGAAGUUUAGGUGUACUGUUUGCAAUAUCCUCCUGAUUCAACAGAAUAGUUGUGGUCUCUAUCGAUUCAAACAUGUAGUCUGGAAAAAUAUCAGGACUAACAAACCAGUUGCCUGUCAUUAUUUGUAUUAUGAACAGUUGCGACUUUUCCAUACGCUUCAUUACCGAUUUUUAAUGGGUAACAACGCGCCCUGGACAAUUUUUUAGCUACUUGAUCGAAAUAAAUUUUUAGAGAUCCAUACAUACAAAUAUCCAAGGGCUAUUUUCUAUGGGCCAUCACAAAUAAGUAGAACCAGAUCGUCUUUGCUAGAUUUCGUAUACGUCUGAAAAUGUUUUAACCAUUUUACAAACACCUCACUGUUCAUCCAUCCGGAUUCUUGUGCUAGUUCAAGCGUACCGGUGGGAGUUUCAUUCAACUAGUUCGUUUUUCAUGUUCUUUUUACGAAAUAUGAUACAAGGAGAAAUAAAUGAACCGAUGGCAUUUUUACAACACACUACUGUCGUAGCACUGGCAAGACAGCCGAUUUAUUUCUUGCCUUUGGUGGCAUGAAUUUAUUGUAGUUUCUGAACUGUAGUGAGGUUCCAAAUUGUGAAACUUCAUCAUAAAUACGGAAAAAAUUAGCAACCUGUGGUUUAUUAAAUACUUGCGCUCUUGCAGCAAAAGUUGGUUCUGGGGCGCGCAAAGAAAUGUUCUCAUUAGUACUCAGGAAACCUUCAAGCUAUUUUUGUCCAGCACGUUUCUUGUCUUUGUUUAAGGGUGAUCGAUACCAUUGUUUUCGGCUAGUUCAAAAACAAGUUGUUGGAGUAAUGGACGCGUCAAACCAAAAGGUCGUGUUUCCACAAACUUUUUGUUCUACUAACUCCAGCUCAAUUUCAGUUGAAUCUUCCUAUCCCUUUAGAGUUAGGAUUCAACGUUGUAUUCAUAUUGAGUGCAUGUUUUCUGAACGUCACCUGAGUAUUUCGUAGCAUAUAACCCAAACAAAAUGACAUAUCAUGUCUUUUUAAUCGGUGUAUAAGUAAAUUUAGUCCAAAUGUAAAUAAAAAACCAUAAUUCCAUCAAACAAUUAAUAAUUGCAAUAAAGUUUAUCGAAAUCACUGGAUUCAUCGAUUUUAAUAGAAAAACUUACAAAAACAAAUAACAACAAAUAAUUUAACAGAAAACACAGUCGCGGAGACGUAACUAAAACACGCCAAUUUUUAAAUAAAGUGACUAUGUCAUUUUGUCCAUACAUGUCAUUUUGUUUUAAUUAUAAAAUCGACGUUUUAAAUUAAAACUAUUAAAAAAUUACUAAAACAUUACCUUUAACAGAAAAAAGUAUUCAUCCUAACCAUAACCCUUUGGUAGAAAAUAAAUUUCCCAAUGCACAUCUUUAACAAGUUGCAUCGGGCCCAUUUGCCAUAAUAUUGUCUUAGUCCUCUCUCGCUUAUUGAUCUUUGUAUUUUUUUCCAUCCAUGGUUUCCUUGGUCUUUCUCUUUUUCGAUUUUCUGGUGGUAUCCAUCUCAUUACUUUCUUUGGUAAUCUUACUUUUGUCAUUCUGUGAACAUGGCCGUACCACACCAGUUGUUUACUUUCUGAACAUGUUAUAACUGUCUCUUCUACAACCGUUUAUUCCUUCAUUCUCUGAUUAGUCACUCUUUCCAAUCUUGAUGUCCUAGAUGCCCUUUUCAUUGCGUCUAAUUCUGUAGCUUCUAUUUUCCUUCCUUUUAGUCACUACAUCUCUGAUCCAUAUAUUAACGUGCUUUUAAUCGUGGUAUCAUAUAUUCUCAUUUUUCUUUAUUUGCCUAUCUCUGUACUCCAUAGAAUUUCAUCAAGAGCUAUUAUUAACUGUUUUUUGUUGUAAAUUCUCAAUUUUAUUUCGACGUCAUCCGUCCCAUCUUUAUUAAAAUUUACACCUAAAUAUGUAUAUCUAUCACAUUUUUUAUUGUUUCAUUUUUUUCCAAACAAGAUCCGUGGUCUUCUCACUUCACCUCAGUCAUCAUUGUAAUAUUGAUUUGAAGACCCGAUUUUUCAUCAUACUCUUCUAGGAGUAUAAAAGAGGGUUAUACUUUUAAAAAUUCUAAACUUCCUUUUGAUUCAUUUGAUAAAAUAGAUAUAGAAAAUAAAAUACCUACCUACAUUAUUCUUCCUUUGGUGGAUAGAAUAGAUGAAAGUUUUCAGUGAAUAGAUAUAAUCGUGAUGUGUAUCAAAUAAAAUUGAUGAACAUGAUCGAGUAUUAGUUAUUUGAGAAAGUUAACAUUAGAAGUGAUAUUUUUUGUGAUUUCAGUAGAAAUGUUUUGUUGUAUUUACUGGUGAGAUAAAUUUAUAUAUAUUAGUGAGUAUAUUUAUUAUUGCUUAUGUCUUUCUAAUUUGCCUAUUUACUAUUUUUUCUGUUUACAUAUUUUGUAUUGAAUUAAUAGUUUAUUUUCACCUUCUGUAAAUAAUAUUUUUCUUGAAUAAUUUGAAAAUGUGUUCAUUAAAAUUACAUGAACUAGAUUGUGUUCAAAAAUUCGAAUAAACUUAUUUGAAUGCCACAUGUUUUAUUUUUCUAUUCCGUAAUUGAUCAAUUUUACCUUGGAAUAAUUAAUCAUAAUAAAGAAAAAUAGAUUGAAUGAGUGAAACCAGAAGGAAAACUGGUUUAUACUAAGAAUAAAAAAACUUUUUACCGACUAUGUAAUCCACAUAUACAAUUUUAUGGUAAACGUCGUCUACAUUGUAAAUAUGAAUGGAUAGCUCUGCUACUUAUUUGGACGAAUUGACCAAUUAAUUUAUUUGGAAUUACACAUGUACAAUAUAAAAACUAAUUACCCUCUAACAAUUUUUCUCUCUCUUGCUCUAUCUAACAAUAAAAAAAUUAAACGUCCAAAUCCACGUUUUUCUUGUAUCCUCUCUACUGAUUAGCAUUAACUUAAUUUCAAAAUAAUUAAACAGGGGGUCGACUUCACGGAAGUGAGAGUGUUUAGGUGUGUAGGAGGUUUUGUGAUUAUUAGUCCUCCUGCGUAAAUCUUAUUCUAAGAUGCUUUAAGGUAGUUGUUUUGUUUAGGUUAUUCUGUGAAAAUACUUCUUGAACAUAAAUUAUUAUUUGAAUUAAAAUAUUCAAAACAGAACAAAGGGACUAUACUAUUCAAUCGCAAAAAAGCUGUAAUCCGCAGAAUAUGUUUAAUUGUGACAUUAUGAGAGUCGACGAAAAUACCUUGAACAAACAGACUAUUUUAUAUAUUUUUCAAACGAUUAAUGGCUUCGAAAUAAAAUGUUUAUGGUAUGGCGACUCUAACUUGUUUUCUCAGUAUAUUUCGAGUAUAUGAUCUUGGAUAUAUUUUGUUAUACUUCACGUUAAAUAACAGCUUUGUUCGCGGGUCUGCUUCCGAAGGUUUGCUCUUGGUGGCUGCACUGGAACUGGACCAAUACAGGCUAGUUAAUGAGAGUAUAGAAUUAGUUGUAGUGUACUUCUAACAUAAUAUGUCAAUUUCGGAUUUGACAUUUGAUAUAACCUCCAAAUUAUAUUAAUAUGUAGGUGAAUAUCUUUGAUACAAAAAUAGUAAUAGUGUUUUAUUAUUUUUAAAAUGGAGAGUGAAGACGAAUUUCUACAUACGUAUUUUACCCAUGUUUCGCAGUUAUGUUAUGAAAAAGCAAGAGAACAUUUAGAAAAGGAAAAGGGGCUUAAAGGGCCAGUUACACAAUGGAGUGCUUUUCUAAAUUUAUUACAACAACUGGCUUUGGCAGAAAAAAGUUAUAUGGAAAUUGGAUUUUUGCAAAAUAAACAUAAAAGCUUUUUACGAAAAGACAACUCUUUGAGAUCAGUCUAUGAUAAUAUGAAGAAUGACUUGAAAAGAUUGGAGGACAAUAGUAAACAACCUUCUAUUCACAGCAGUAUUCAAAAAGGAAUCAAAAAUUUGACGCAAUUUGUAACUGCAAGGAUUAAUUUAAUUGAUUUAUAUGAAAAAAUUUACAAUUUGGGAGUUAGUAAACAAGUGCGUUAUACUGAAAUUUUAUCUCAAAUUCAUUCUGUUAUUGAAAGACACAGUGACGGUUUUAUUGAUAUAAGCUUUAUUCCAAUAAAAGCAGUUUUUAGUUUAGAAUGUGAAAUUUUGGAACAACUCUUGGAAGCCUUGGUACAGUUACAAAAGUUGGAAUUUUUGUCCCCAUUGGCUUCAAUUCACGGGGCACAUACAAGACUCGCAGUGUGGGAAACUAAAAUGCAAUCACGUGAAAUAUGGAAACUUGGAAUAUUUAAAAAUAAUCCCCUACCAUCACUUUUCCAAUGGCUUCAAAAGUUGAAGGGAUCUAUUUUAAGUAAAUUUAGUUUGUAUUUUCAUGACAUACUGGCUGAACAAACAACACCAAAUGAUAUGAGAAUACUUUGUUCAAAAUUGUAUAAUGACCAUUAUCAAAAAAUUGUCAGUUUUCAAAAGAAAUCUGAUGCUGCUUAUGUAUUACUGAUUCAUGACAUGACAAAUGUUUCCGAUCCAACACAUAAUAGAAUAAUAGUAUCUUACCCACAACGAAUAUUUUUAGAAACUGAUAUAAUGUUAAAACUGAUAUCUGAAACUAACAAUGAAUUGCAAACUAUAGAUAAAAUUAUUUACAAGUUUGUGAGUCAGGAACAGUGUACAUACAUUCUUACUAUGAUAGAACCAAUGAUCUAUCUCAUUAUUUUAUUCGAAAAUAAGAAGUCCGAAAAAGACGCUUUUAUAUCUAAUUUUGUAUUAGAGAUUUGCCAAAAUUUACGAUGCACAAAAUUAUUCACAUCUCUAAAGAAUACGAAUAAAUGAUUAUUGUAAAUUAAAAA